AUGAAUUCUCAUUAUGGUAGUUCAUCUUAUUUGGCAUCGUCUUCUUCUUCAGAUGAUGAUGAUGAUUAUUACGAUGAUCUAGAAAAGCAAGUGGAAUGUCAAAUUACUGCUAACAACAAUUUUUGCAUCGCUCAACACCAAAAUAACGAAGGGUCACACAAGGGCUCAAUUCCUAGUCAUAUAGUAGUCAACCGUGACCGAGAAAAUGCUGAUCGCAAUCUCUUCAACGACUAUUUUGCAGAGAACCCUCGAUUUUCUGCCUCGAUGCAUGACAAUUACUUCGUCCAACGAAGAUAUGGAUUUGGUAAGCUCGAGUUAUCGGGUCUACAAAAAGUAACGGUCGUAUUUCGAAUGUUGACAUAUGGUGUACCAGUAGCUGCUACCGACGAGUACAUAAAAGUAGGAGAAUCUAUUGCUUUGGAAAGUUUGAAAUGA